CUAUAUUCAAUGACAAUUGUUGAUAAUCAGCUGGAGUUAUUUUUUUGCAUUUGGUGAAAUAUUGAGCCCGAGCCCCCGCCAGCGGGGCCUGUUAUAUAGCGUACUCACGUUAGCUUUCCGUCUUACAUGAAGGGCUAAUGGAAGACGCAAGGGAUUUGAUCAGUUGACUUGAACCUUGUUUUGGCAGGCCGAACGCACUUCACGGUCCGAAAGAAAGAGAAGAGACUCAUUUGGCAUGUUUGACGGGUAUGAGAGCAGCGAGGAGUCGAGCAGCAGCUCCAGCACAGAGGACAGCGAGGAUGAAGAGCGCAGUCUUCCUGCCGGUCUUCCUCUCAUCAAGAACAACGGGCAGGUGUACACCUAUCCUGAUGGAAAAGCUGGCAUGGCGACUUGUGAAAUGUGUGGAAUGGUUGGGGUCCGCGAUGCUUUUUACUCCAAAACAAAGAGGUUCUGCAGCGUAUCCUGCUCCAGAAGUUAUUCCUCCAACUCGAAAAAAGCCAGCAUACUGGCCAGACUUCAGGGGAAACCACCAACAAAAAAAGCAAAGGUCUUACAGAAACAGCCGCUCAUGGCAAAAUUGGCAGCUUAUGCACAGUAUCAAUCGAAUCAGCAGAGCCCUGCUAAGUCAAAAUCAGCUAUUCCCGUAGAGGGCUUUGACUGGGGUCAGUACAUUUGUAGCAAUAACCUGAUCGGCGCACCAGUAAGCUGUUUCAAACAUAUAUCCAUGCGUUUAUUUUGGGGUGACAUUACUAAUGGUGUGAGGGUAGAGGUUCUCAAUUCUGACACAAACCUAUCCACCAAAGUUUACUGGAUAGCAGAGAUCGUUAAAAUAGCAGGUUUUAAAGCACUUCUCCGAUAUGAGGGAUUUGAUAACGACUCGAGCCAUGACUUCUGGUGUAAUCUGUGCAUCCCAGAAAUCCAUCCUGUUGGAUGGUGUGCCUCAAAUAGUAAACCCCUGGUACCUCCUAAAUCAAUCCAGCAUAAGUGCUCUAACUGGAAAGGAUUUCUUGUAAAGCGACUCACUGGAGUGAAAACUCUGCCACCUGACUUUGCUAAAAGGGUGCAAGAGAACAUGCAAUACCCAUUUAAGAAGCUGAUGCGUGUGGAGGUGGUGGAUAAAACCCACCUGUGCCGGACACGUGUAGCUCUGGUCGAGCAGGUGAUAGGGGGUCGACUGCGACUCGUUUAUGAAGAGAGCCAGGACGGCUCAGAUGACUUCUGGUGUCACAUGUACAGCCCACUCAUUCAUUCCAUCGGCUGGUCAAGGAGCAUUGGGCAUCGCUUUAAAAGAUCUGAGGUGACAAAGAAAAUUGAGGGUCUAAUGGAUGCACCUUCCCAGUUAUUUCUAAAGGUGAAGGAUGUAGACCAGAGUGGCGAGUGGUUUAAAGAUGGAAUGAAGUUGGAAGCAAUAGACCCUCUCAAUCUCUCAGCUAUAUGUGUCGCUACUGUAAGAAAGGUGUUGGCAGAUGGGUACCUCAUGAUUGGGAUUGAUGGCUCAGAAGCAGCAGAUGGCUCCGAUUGGUUCUGCUACCACUCCACCUCUCCCUCCAUUUUCCCAGUGGGCUUCUGUGAAAUCAACAGCAUCGAGCUCACACCUCCGAGAGGGUACAACAAACUGCCAUUCAAAUGGUUUGACUACCUCAGAGAAACAUGUUCAAUAGCAGCCCCUGUGAAGCUCUUUAACAAAGAGGUCCCGAAUCAUGGCUUCCGCGACGGCAUGAAGCUGGAGGCGGUGGACCUGAUGGAGCCACGUCUGGUGUGCGUCGCCACAAUAACCAGGAUCGUCCACAGACUCCUUCGCAUUCAUUUCGAUGGUUGGGAGGAGGAGUAUGACCAGUGGGUGGACUGUGAAUCUCCAGACCUUUACCCUGUAGGCUGGUGUCAAGUCACUGGCUACCAGCUCCAGCCCCCUGCUGCACAAACCACAAGAGAAGCACCGCCUAAUGUGGCAAAGCAGAAAAAGAAAGCUCCACAGUACAAAGGACAAAAGAAAAAGAGGAAGAUUCCAGUUGGGAGGAGGCCGCUCGGGUUUGGUGGGUCUCUGAGGAGGAGCAGUUUCUCAGGCGAUGAAGAGCAGACUCCGUCCCUUUACCUUCCCCACCCACCUGGUGUGGAGCGUGAUCGCUCACUCAACUCAGAGGCCACGCUGCAGAUAAAGGAGGAGACUCCAGAGGUGGACGAGUUCACCUUCUCCCAGGGCACAUCAGACCAAGAGAGCAACGGCUCGGGCAGUUACUACAUCAAACAGGAGCCGUGAGCGUCGGCCCUGCUGGAGCCUUACCUCACUGCCAACAGCACUGGAAGAUCCCGUUCAGAGCAACACACACACACACACUCGCGCGCGGCCUGGGAGAACAGGGUGACCUUGCUUCCUCUUGCACGCCAGGUCCUUUUCUUUUCAGGUAAGAAAAGCUGAUGAUGAGACGAUUCAAAGUUCCGCCAGAGAGAGAAACAUGAUGGGAUUUUCUUUGGAGAGGGGAUAUUUCCUGACUUUUGUUCGAUCAGUUUGCCAGAUGGACUUUUCCUCAGUGAUCAUUGUACUUGAAGUUUUCGUAGCUGUUUUUUAUUUUCCUCCUUUUUUUUCUGUAACAUUUUCAGUAACUUUUUUUUUUGUUUUCUUUCCCAAGACCAUGUGUCUCAUGCGCUGAUUUAUUUCAAAAGCUCUUUUAUCUGGAUGGGUGUGGAUUUUUGUAAGAGCAGUAAAAAUCUAUAUUGAUAAAGUAUAUCCAUAUAUGUAUAACAUUAAUGAAAUAGUAGAGUAGUGGAGUAAGGGUUAAUAUUCUAUUGGUCAUAAACCUUUCUGGUAAGAAGAGGCAUAGCCUAAUGGAAAACACUGUCACAUUUUGCACUACAGGGAUGUAAAAUUAAAUGUAUAUCAGCCUGUGAAAAUGUUGAAGUUACAGCUUUAUUGUAUUAAACGACAAGCAAAUGUACAAUAUGUAUAGUGGCUGACACGUCGAACCAUUCAGCGAGGGGAUAUUUGCUCUAAUCAGCAUUACGAUAUGCAAGAACAUUUAUUUGAUAUGAAGCCAGUGUUGAUUAUCUCUUGAUCUCAUACGUGGAGCCAUUUUUCUAUACUGGUUUAAGUAUUUUAUGAGCCACAGAAUAAAGAAAAGAAGAACAUGAUCUUUACUAGCCACUCAACACUACUUUGCCAUGAUCUUAAACUCACACAGCAGAGACUUUUCUGUAUCGCCGAGCUGUGAGGUCCGAGUUCAUCCCUGAACGCCAUGACAGUUUACCAGCCUCUCUGCUUUUGUACUGAACCAAUGAGCGAUCACGCCUAUAUCCUGCGAGCAAUCGUCCGUCUGACGUGUUCGACAACCGAACGUUCAUUCCAGAAUAAAAGAUUUUUUUUUUUUGUACUACCUCUUUAAAAAUGAGUUUAAAUCUACGUCGGCUAAGGGUUCGCCUGUAAUCACGCCGCUUCUGCUCGGUUCUUUAACCAUCUUCCUGCAAUAGCUAGUUUUCACUUACCAUCAGAAGGACUAUAAUUCACCAUAUGCAAAAUGAGUUUAUAAAUUCACAUGCACCAUAUAUUCUACUUUACAAGUUACCAAACAUUUAUAUUUGUUACAUAUUGUGAUAUUGAGAGUCCUUAAAAUUGAAGAUAUGCAAUAAUACAGUAGUGUUGUUUUACAAUGUCUUAUUCUUUAAAAAAAAAAAAAUCAAAAUAUCAGAAGACAUAAAUAUAUACCUACAUUCUAUAAACCUAAAUCAGAUACUCUUACAAUAUGUUGUAAAACUGUGAUGAUUUUGUAGAAGCUAGACUUUCCCUCUUAUGGAGUAUGUUGAGUGUUCUAUAAAAAAAAAAAAAAGAAAAGGGAAAAAAAAAAAAACCAAGCGAUAUUGUUUGCAUAGUGAUUUAUAUAAUUCUUCUAUAAUUAUAAUCUCUAUCAGUACCAGUGAGGCUGUUGGUGAAUUUCUCAGGAAAUCUUGUAUUUCAUUGGCUUUUUUUAUUAUUAUUAUUAUUAUUAUUAUUAUUAUUAUUAUUAUUAUUAUUAAUUUUUUAAUUUCCUCAUAUUUACUGAAUCCAGUUUCCAUAUCGAUGUGAAUGUUUUUCCUGCAUUUGCUUACAUCUACAGUACCUCAUAGAGUAAAUACAGAACUCAGAAGCCAAACGAAAUCUUUCUAAUGCCCUGUCACUCAAAGCCGGUCCCGCAGAGCCACAGCGGCGCGCUGAGCAUCGUCUCUCCGCGUCUCUUGCCGUCUCUCGGCGCCUGCGGAGGCUGUGGGUCGGGUGCGAACGGGAGAAAGCGUCAACCUGUGCAGUGCUCUGGCUUCUCACCACAGACUCGCUCACAUGGACCCCAUUCCACUCUCUUGUUUUUUUUUUUUUUUUCUUCUUCUUCUUCCCUUCACUCCUCGCUCCGUAUGCCAGUUUUCAAGAUUUUCACCUAGCUAGAUGUUGAUCAUUUUGGUGUGUGUUUGUUUUCGACUCUAUAUGACAUCUGUUGAAGCAAUAACACGUUACGCUACAAUGUUGUCAUAUCGAUGUGUUGUUUUUUUGGCAUCUGUGGUUGCUUUGUACAGUUGUGGAGAAGUUUUUUUCUUAUUUUUUUAUUUUUUAUUUUUUUUGCUUUAUUUCCAUUUCGACUGUUCACUUGUGGUCUUUUAAAGCAGUCUCAGUUUUCUAUAUAGGCUAUUCCUCGAAAAUCAUAGCAUCAGGAUUACGGUCAACACUGGUUUGAUGUCAGCUCAUGUUAUUUUUAAAAUGAUUCUUAUUUUAAUUUUGACCAAAUUCACCUAGUUGUCUGCAUCUAUUAAGACAUGACUGUUUCAAGGCAUGAGAUUUUUGCUGCUACCCUCCAAUCAAUCGUAACACACCCUAACGCACAACUUCACCUUUAAAGCUAAAAAAAAGUUUCUCAACAUUAAAUGUGAUGCCUUAUCCUGUUUGUUCAAUAUUAGAAAUGUUAAAAAAAUGUUUCUAAGAAGAAGAAAAAGAAAUUAAGGGAUAACAAUGUGCAGUAGGUUGAUAAUCAUCAGUGCAUGCAGCAAUGUGAGAAUCCGAGAAGACCGACGCUGUUCUGGUCUCCAAUACUAACACGGGUUUUUGUGAUAUUUUUCCCUGUCCUUAGUAAUGACGUCAUGGUGCUAUAUAUUUGAUAAUUCAUUCGCUUGAUCUAUGAGAGGAAAUCAAGUCUGUAAUUUUAGGGUGGAGACUGAACAUUAACGUGAAAUCUUAAAAAUAAAAAAUAUUAAAAAUCUGUA